UCUGGCCCUGAGCGCGCUGCGGGGUCCGGGUGGCAGCAGCGAGAUGGAGCCCGAGGAGGGAGAGAAUCGCACCCCACUGCUGAAGGAGCCCCAGCCUGACACGGGUGAGACGAGCGGCGGCUCCCCCUGUGUGGCGGCGUCGCGUUGCCAUGGAGUCCCUGCAUGCUGCUCAGCUCGCUACAAUCUCGCACUCCUGGCCUGUUUUGGGUUCUUCCUCCUGUAUGCAUUGCGUGUGAACCUCAGUGUCGCUCUGGUGGAUAUGGUAGAACCUGACACAAGCUUAGCAAAGAACACUACUUCCAAUGUGUGUCCAGAGCAUUCUUCCACCAUUAAUGUUCCUCGCAACACAACGGGAGAAAAGUAUUCUUGGGAUGCUGAUACUCAGGGAUGGAUCCUUGGUUCUUUUUUCUAUGGCUAUAUCAUUACUCAGAUUCCAGGAGGAUAUCUUGCAAGCAAAAUUGGAGGCAAACUGUUGCUGGGGUUUGGCAUCUUUGGUACCUCUGUAUUCACCUUGCUUACUCCCUUAGCUGCAAAUUUAGGAGUUGGCUACCUCAUUGCUGUCAGAGCCUUGGAAGGACUGGGAGAGGGUGUUACGUUCCCAGCUAUGCAUUCAAUGUGGUCUUCUUGGGCUCCUCCACUGGAACGCAGCAAGCUUCUAAGUAUUUCAUAUGCAGGUGCACAGCUGGGAACUGUUGUGUCUCUGCCACUGUCUGGUUUAAUUUGUUACUAUAUGAACUGGGUUUAUGUGUUCUACAUAUUUGGUGCACUUGGCGUAUUGUGGUGGUUCUUCUGGAUGUUUUUGGUUAGUGAUACACCAGAAACUCACAGGAGCAUUUCACAUGCUGAAAGAAAAUAUAUUCUGUCUUCUCUGAAAGAUCAGCUUUCUACACAGAAAUCUGUUCCCUGGAGACCUAUGCUAGUGUCCCUUCCUCUCUGGGCUAUUGUUGUGGCACACUUCUCAUACAACUGGACUUUCUAUACUCUUCUUACACUCUUGCCAACAUACAUGAAGGAAAUCCUACGAUUUGAUGCACAGGAGAAUGGAUUUUUGUCUGCCCUACCUUAUUUUGGCUGCUGGUUGUGUAUAAUUCUGUCUGGCCAAAUUGCUGAUUAUUUACGGGAAAAACAGAACUUCUCCACUGUUUGUGUUCGCAAAUGUUUUACCCUAAUAGGAAUGGUUGGACCUGCGGUGUUCUUAGUGGCAGCCGGGUUCACAGGCUGCAACUACGCCCUGGCUGUUGCAUUCGUGACCAUAUCAACAACACUAGGAGGGUUCUGUACAUCAGGCUACAGCAUCAACCAUCUGGACAUAGCACCUUCGUAUGCUGGAAUUCUCCUUGGGAUCACAAAUUCUUUUGCUACUAUCCCAGGAAUGGUGGGACCAGUUAUUGCCAAAAACCUCACUCAUAAUAAUACUGUGGGAGAAUGGCAGAUGGUUUUCUAUAUUGCUGCUUCUAUUAAUCUAUUUGGAGCAAUUUUCUUUGCAUUAUUUGCAAGUGGAGAAGUUCAGGACUGGGCAGUCAGUGGAUAUCACUUGCCUAGGAACUAAAGGAAAUGUUGAAAUACCAAAACUGUGCUGGGUCCUGUUGUGCUUAGAAAUAUGUGACCGGAAAAGUGCCUUCCCUGCUGAUGCCUAGGAGUCUCCAGAGCUGUUCAGUUAAACUACUUUAUCUCUGUAUCUUUUGUACUGAAAAUAACCUGAUAGAUUAUGUAUGCUAUUUCCUAACAAGAAACUACUUGGAUUAACUACAGAAAUUUCAUGCUAGGACUUGAUAUUAAAUAUAUGAUAAGAGACAUUUUAAAUCAGUGUGCUAGGCUGUAAUACUUCCCAGUUUUUAAUUAAUAUUUUCUGAAUUAAUGUGUAGGUAGUUAUUUGCUGAUAAGAGGAAAAAGUAAAAUGAUUAUUUAGCACUGUAAAGAAGAAUGACAUGCAAAGAACUGUACCCAAAAAUGUGUUUUGAAAUCUAUUAUGAAACUGAUAGUUUGUUGCUGUUUAAAAAAUAGUAGAUCUCUAGUUUCAUACAACCUUUUUAUAGUACUUUUAUUUUGUCACUGUUUUAAUGAUGGCUAAAAAAUGCAUGUGAUUUACUUCUAUUUUAUGCACAAGUUUUGAAUAUAUAAACAUUCCCUGUUUCAUGAAUACAGCUUCACAACUAAUACAGCAACAAAGAAGUAAAUGUGGCAUUGGAACUGAGAGAAUAAACCACAUAUUCUCUGUGGUGCAGGUUUUUCAAAUAGGCCUCAUUUUUACUACUCUCUGCAAAGAAGAAGCAGUGCAGCUCAGUGGUCUAAAUCUAGGCAGUGUACAAGAGUCAACUAGAAAUAGAAUAUCUGCAUGAUUACCUUAAAAUAACUUUCAGUUUGGCAAUUAACUUUUGUCCCUUUAAAUCAAUGCAGUGGAAUUCUUUCCUCUUGCAUAUAGAUGUGUUUGUCAUCUUGUCAGUGUAAAUGAAAAAAAAAUGAGGCCAGUGUAGCAAAUAAUGAGGAAAAUCAGUUCUCUAACACCCUUGUUUGUUAGAUAAAACUAGAGUAUAAAAGAUCUAGUGCAAUAACCUGGUGCUGUUACUCUCCUAUCAAGAUAGAAUUUGACACUCAAGCGCAUUCUUUGCGCAGCAUGCACUUAAAUGCCACAGAGUAGGAUUAAAAAUUAUAGAAACAGUGGCCUUGUUAAGAACAAAUGGCUGAAAUGUUAGAGCUACAAAGCAAAGGAAAAUUCCUGUGCCAAAGAUUCCUGGAUUGGAGCAAUUAAGUAAAAAGGAAAAAUCACUGGGUUUUUCAUUUACCACCAAUCCAAAAGAAAAGCCCAGUACUAAAGCUGCUCCAGUGGAGCCUACCUUCCUUCAUUUCUAGGAAAUGGCAUCUGCCUCUCCUUUUUAGCUGUAAGAGCCAUUUAGUUUUGGCCUUCCUUGAAGUGUCAUGUUCUCUGAUAGUGGAUUUAAACUGUGUUUAAAUUUCUGUUUGUGUCUGCAGCAUUUCCACAAUAAACAAUGUGUUGUUCAGAUUAAAUCAGUACUUAUUCAGUGGGAGUAUGUUAAAACUAUAUUGUGUCUUCAGUGUU